UCCACGUAUUCAUAGGAGCCAAUUAUCUUACUCCAUUGAAUCCAAACUCCAAGAUCCGCCCGGCCGCGCCGUUGGAGCGCUUGGUGCCCGCAUGGUUUCCACUGCCGUCGCAAGUUACGCCCUCCCUUGCCAACGUCGCCAAAUCCAACGACACCCACAAUGUCACCACCACCGACAAUGAGGAAAUCGACAAGAUCUUUUCGGAUCUACAGGUGUUCCACUUCUUUGGCAACCCAACGGUGGAGGUCAAACGGAAGAAGAAGGCGUUUAAGUCUUAACAUUUUUUUUGGGCUUAGAAAACUCUAUCUCCUGUGUUUUUAGUUGGCGUCUGGAAUGCUAGAAUUAUAUUACUAAUCUAAUUUUGGGCCUAGAUCAGCCCAUAUAAUAUUAAAAUGCGGAGCACCGAGAUGGAACUCUUUAGCAUAGAAGCCCAUUAAAAAGUUUGCGGGUUCCGUUGCAGUUGUUCGUUUCCGUCGUUGCAGUGUCUCUGAUCCGACGCCUCUGACCGAGUUUUCGAGCUCAUCUUCUUCGUUGUCGACGUUUUGAAAGUUGAAGACAUUUAGGGACGCCUAAUUUCAAAGUUCCAACCAAUCCCAGCUUUUCAGAGCUUAACCUACAUCUCCGAAAUCUCUUCAUACCUUCCUAUUCGGAACCCUAAUUUGCUGCCAUGACGGAAUACUGGGUGAGCCAAGGUAAUAAAUGGUGUGACUUUUGUAAAAUUUAUAUAUCGAACAAUCCUUCGAGCAUUAGAAAUCAUGAACUUGGUCAACGCCACAAAGAUAAUGUCGCCAAGAGGCUAGCUGUUAUGCGAAAGGAGAAUGUUGCUAAGGAGAAAGAGCAGAAGGAAACAGCUCGCGCCCUCGAGCAAAUUGAAGCGAAAGCACAACGCAGCUAUCAAAAGGAUAAAGCAAAGUUUGAGGAAACCAGAGAAUCUCAUGAGUUGGAUGACGAAGAAUGGCAGUUCGAUGACAGUUCAGGUUACUACUACCAUAAAACAAAUGGAUUUUGCUAUGAUCCAAAAUCAGGGUUUUACUAUUCUGAUGCUAUAGGGAAGUGGGUGACUCAGGAAGAAGCAUAUGCCUCACCUCAGUUUUCGUCAAAUGCUGGGAUCAGUGGAUCAAAUUCAAAGUCUUUGUCAACUUCACAAUCAAAAUCAAUUGAAAAGAAAACAGAAAAUAAAUCUCAAAAUGGACCUUCACCAGGGCCAAUUGUUAGUUCUUCUUUGAAUCCCAAAAGAAAUGUGAAGGGUGCCCCUUCAUCUCUUACUAUUGGCAAGAGAAAGAGACCUGAAGAGAAGUCCAAAGCCAAGGUUAUCUCCGAAGAAGAGAAAGCAGCUCUUAAGGCAAGAGAAGCUGCAAGGAAAAGAGUAGAAGAGAGGGAGAAAUCCUUGCUUGGUUUAUACGGUAAACCUUACUAACUUUGGAAAUUGCGUUAACACAUUUCCUCUUCACCCUAAAUUUUGUGGGUUAUACUUCCUUUGCUUUGUUCCCUUGAGGUAGAUGUUGUAAUUCUCUAUGUGAUUGCACCUUGUAAAAUUAAAAUGUUCCAUUUCUUUUAUACUUGCAUAUAUUUUUUGGCCAUUUUGCAUGCAUAUUA